AUGAACGCUAAAUUAGCUUUUCUUUUGGUGGUUUGCAUGAGCCAAACUUUGGCCGCCAAUUGCCCGUCACAAGCUGUUCCCAGCACUUCUUAUUCUCUCAUUUAUGGACCAGCCAAUGAUGAGACGAACGGCUCAAAGACGUGUCCACGAGGUUUUUGCCGUUACAUCACGACAAGCCUUGGAAGCAGCAAUGCGUGUCUAGAUCAAUCGCUCGUUUGCCCGCAAGCGACCGGCCCAAUCCCCUCCACUACCAUUGCUGGACCUGCUGAUUCAAAUCUCAACUGUCCAGCCACGACGAAAUGUGUUGGCGGAGAGACGAGCAGCAACGGAAAGACAUACGUCGGAAAUUUCUGUGUCAUUGCU